AUGGCGGAGCUGGAGGUCGAGCUGGACCAGUUGCGAAAGGAUGUGCGUGUCCAAUCCAUGCCCGACGGGUCAUUCGAGCAGGCCACACUGGCCACCACGCUUGCUGCGGCCAUGUUGGAAGUUGUGUCUCCAAACCUGUCCCAUUCGACGUCUUGGCCCAUUUUCUCGGCCUUCCAUCUGAGUCCAUCUAGCCUCCCAAUGCCCCUGAAGGCCCAGUUCAGCAGUGGCAACGGAGGUCUAGCCGAGGAGCAAUUGGGCGGGACUCCCAAGAUCCCAAAAGACCUUACAAGAGGCGCCAGGCGGAUCCAGUUGUCCGAAGUCCCGCGCAAGGCUGCCGACGUGAUGAUCAAGACGUUCACCGAACAUCAUCUCCCUCAGUAUCCUUCCAUCUCCGAGACCACGCUGUCGGAGAGCUACGAGGCUUGCUAUGGGUCGGUCGAGGAUGCAUCCUCGUUCGAAAGGUUUAUUACCUACAUGGCGCUCGCCAUUAGCGCAAAGACACUUGCCUGGAAGUCCGAGAAAUUCGCCUUUUCGACCAGCCUCGCUUUCUGGAAUUUGGCCAAGGAGGAAUUAAAGGAUCCCUCAUGCAAUUAUACGCCAGUCAACAGGCUGCAGGUUACGUUGCUACUGGCCCACUACGCCUUGACGAACCCAUCUGCUGCUAACCUGUGGUAUUGCGUCGGUGAUGCUGCUCGACUUUGCAUCCAGUUCGGAUACCAUCGCGAACCGGCUCCCAAUGCGAACGUGGAUCUGGUGGAGUUGGAAAAUCGUCGAAGGCUCUUCUGGACUACUUAUGGCCUAGAAAGAGCAUUGUCCUCCUACCUUCGAUUGCCUUUCCUCAUCAAUGAGGAUGUCAUAACCACCCAGUAUCCAUCAGUGCUGCCCGAUUCGUGCAUCACGCCAGACGGCUUGUUCCCUGGACCCCAGAAAAAGGCGGCGGCCCUGCACAUGUGGCAGUACCGGCGGCUGGAAAGCGAAGUUUUUCGCGUUCUCUUCUUGCAGGAGGAUGUUUUCCCGUCGUUGACCUUGGAGGAGUGGAUGGACGACAUAUCGGUGCGCGUGACCAGUUGGCACCGGAAAGCCACGACUGAUUUCGCACCCGAGGACAAGAUUGAGUCGCGCGACGUUCACCUCAACUUUCUCAAAGGACGGCUGCAUCGUCCCACUCCGCGCAACCCGUUUCCCUCACAAGCGAGCCGCCUGCUUUACAUCGACACAGCAUUACAAAUCUCGCAGGAUUUUCGGUCCCAGAAGCGUCAGGGAAGACUCUACUAUCCCUGGUUCGCCGUUCACAUCCUGUUCGAGAUCGCCGUGGUGAUGCUGGACACAGCGUGGUCCUGCGCCGACUGGUUGCCCUCCAAGCUCGACAUUGGGCCUGUGGUCAACGGCGUGCGCUCGUUCCCGUCAGUAUUGAUGGACAUGGCGACGCUGUGGCCUGCCGCGGGACACUGUGCCAAUGCAAUCGAAAACUUGUCCGGACCAGUCCUGAGCCGGCUCGAGGCCGCUGCGACUGGGAUGGACCCAUGUCCCCCGGACGAAAAGGUGACGUCCUUACUAGCGGACUAUCUCUUCCCUGACCCGGACCUGAAGCCGACCCUGGUGUCGAACGAAAUGAAUCUCCCGCUAUAUGGGGACCAAGACCAAGAGCUAGAAGCAGAUGUGGACUUCGACUGGAGUGCUUACCAAGAUCUCCCCGGUCUCGUUGACCCGUUUCCGUUUGACUUCCAGGAUAGCACCGGCUUUUAA